AUGAAUAAUAUAUAUCUGAUCCAAUUAAAAAGUUUGUUCCAUUUUGAGUAAUUAAAGUAUAUUAUGCAUAUUAUUCAGGGUCUGUGGCUGCAUUUGUAUCAUUCUUAAAUCAAAUAUUAAGAGUCUUAAUAAUAAAAUAUUAAAUACAAGGUACUUCAUCAUCAUAAUCCUAACAAUGAUACUAUUUUUAUUUUUAAUAUGGAGAUGA